CUGAAGUUCUUCCUCAAACCUGCGUCUGCUUAGGGACAGAAGUUUAAUUAUACAUAUUCUAUUUUUGAUGUAUUUUCAAUGAGUAAUAGUGUAGUAUAUUCAUAGUAUAUAAAAUGAUUUUACAAGUACUGAAGGAAGUGUCCCCUAAACUCACGAGUGGGAUUCUUACAGUGAUUUUAGCAUCUUCUUUGUUAUUUGGUGUGCAAGAAUAUUGCAACAUAGGCAUUACCCAAGGAAUGUUUAGCGUCGGUGCCAGUGUUUUUGAAAAUGGACAUGUCCACAGACUUUUUCUUUACCCCUAUCAUCACAAGACUGGAGGCCAGCUUCUUCUCAGCAUCAUAGCGUUUGUGUUUCUCAGUGGGAGUUUGGAAAGGGGCUUCGGCACCGUUCGCUUUCUCAGCAUGUUCUUUCUGUUAUCUACCACCUCGGGAUUAGCCUAUGCGAUUGUGGAUCUUCUGCAAGGUAACACCAAUCAGACUGAAGGAUUGCUGCCAACAGCUCUUUCCUGCAUGGCUUUAACCACAAUGCACACAAAGAUGACCAAAGGAUUUUUAUUCGGCGUCAGUUUCCCCACGAUAGCUCUUCCUUGGUUGUUUUUAAUCAUCACCACCAUUGUCAUUCCAAAUGCAGUUCUUCCUUGUAAUAUUAUAGCUGUGUUUACAGGGUGGAUGUAUGGCAGAGGUUGGUUUUCAUUGGUGCAAAUGUCUGAAUCCAAAGCUUCUGUACUGGAAAAAAAUGCGCCUUUUAGGUUUUUGAGGAUGGCCAGUCCUGCCCUAUUUGUCCCUGCUUCUACAGAGGAGAGGAGGAAAGUUCUUCUUCCACAAAUAAGUUCUGCACCACCAGGAUCCUACCCAGUGCAAGCCUAUGCCCCAGCCUCCAGUCUUGGCCCUCAGAACUAUGGAGCUAUGCCUUAUGAGGGCUGGGCAAACUACAAUAGUGCUAUGGCCAAUGCCUCAGUGACUCUUCAUCCUCUUGGACAAUCCCACGGACACUCUCACGCACACCAUGGACACUACAGUGGAUAUAACCACAGCCACAGUUGCAACCAUAGUCAUAACUUGAGUAAUUUGUCAAACAAUGAUCAGAAAUAGAUUGCUUUAACAUUGUACCUCAAUAUUGCUACUGAAAUGAAUCGUAUCGGGGGUUGAUUUACAGUUUGUUGUUAUAACCUAUUGGCAUUACAUUCUUCUUAAAAUGUUAUAAUUUGAGCUUUCAACAUGUGCCCAGGGUUGUGUUUUAAUUUGCAAGAGUGUUUUCUAAACCUCAGCUGCUGACUUUGCAUCUUUGUUUUAAAAUGUACAAUUAUAUAGUUUUUAAAUACCAAGAAAAUUCCAAACAUAAUUACAGGUUUAUCAUAGCAGUUUAAUUGGAUUGUUUGUUAAGACAAAUACAACAAACAAAAACAAAACAUUGGUUGAUACAUAAUAAUAAGAGAUCACAACCUCAACUUUCUCAUUUGAAACAGUGAUGCCAAUAUUCACACCAAAACAUAUUCAUUCUUCCCAUGUAUCUCCAUAAAUGUUCUUCUUGGCUGUAACACAUUGAACAGAGAAAUUACAAUUACAAUCAAACAGCUUGUUCAAUUUUUAAAUGGUAGCUUACCUUCUGUUUUAGGCCUUUCUGACUCCCUUUGUGGCGUUGGUUUCAAGAGGGUCUCUGCUUUCUGAGUUAGUGUGACUUCAUAGUUCUCUCGAUUUUUAAGUCUUAAAUCCUCAUACAAGAUGGGUUUCUGUCUGGGCUCUUCUUCGUCCAAAUAUGACUGAUCUAAAUUGUAAUAAUUCAAAGUAAACAUUACCAUUAAUCAAUUUAA